AUGAAUGAAAAUAUUUAUACUCAAUUAAGUCGUUAUACACAACCAAUAUUAAUUUUAUUUGGCACAAUUGGUGCUUUAUUAAAUCAAAUAUUAUUUAAUCGUAGAAAAUUAAUAAGAACAGCUUCAUGUACAGUUUAUUGGCGAGUUUUAUCAUUAAAUGAUCUUCUUGUAUUGUAUAUUAUUGUAUUAACACAAUGGUUUAAUGAUCAAUUUCAUAUUGAUCCAAGUAUUAAUUAUUUAUGGUAUUGUAAAAUUCGAACAUAUGCGAUCUAUUGUCUAUAUGCUAUAUCACCUUAUUGUAUUGUUUUGGUUUGUAUUGAUCGUUUAUGUCGAACAUCGAAAUAUAGUUCUUUACGAAAUAUUGCUACUCCAUGUAAAGCUCGUAAAAUAAUACUAAUAACGAUUAUUAUAAUAUUUCUUGUUUAUUUUCAUAUUCCAUUGCAAUUUACUAUACAUCAUUCAAUAUGUUAUCCUUUAAAAUUUUCUUAUUAUCGUUUUCUUGGCUAUUUUCUUUUCUUUUUCUAUUGUCUUUUACCACCUAUAUUAAUGUCGAUAUUUUCCAGUUGGACAUUAAUACUAUUACAUCGUCAUCGUCAAAAACAAGAAAAAAAAUAUCAAUUAAAAAUAAUAUUAUCACAUAAACGUCGUUAUAAUCGUGAUUAUCAACUACUAAAAAUACUUUUUCUUUAUGUUGCAACAAAUAUUAUUUGUACAUUACCAUUUUCUAUUCUCAUAUUACUUGAUGUUCAUCAACAUCAUUCUGGUCAUCAAUUAAUUUUAUUUAUUAAAUGUUCUGUACUUCUUUGUAAUUUAAAUCAUUGUACAAGUUUUUAUAUUUAUACAUUAGGAACUCCAUUAUAUCGUCAUGAAUUAUUACAUUUAAUUAAAUCUUUUCACAGACGUUUUGUUUUAUGGUUUGAUUCAUUUCAUUAA